AUGAGUAGUCUCUUAUCAUCAAGUCUCAAACAGCAAAAUAUGCAACAACUCUCACAGAGUCUGAAACAACAACAACAAUUUAUGGAAGAACAAAGAUUUAAGAAUAAUCCAUUCUUUGAAAAAUUAUUCAAGAGAAUUGAUGGACUUGUUUCGAUAUUAGUAGCUGAUUCCGAUGGUAAUAUUAUUUCACGAGGAUAUUCAGAGGAAUGUCAAAUUGAAUUUGAUACAACAUUUCCUGCCACACAUAUAUUAGCUGCUGAACAAGCAAACAAAUUACCUUUUGGAAAAAACAAAUAUAUUAUUAGUUGUUAUAACGAUUAUUCAAUCCUUCAAAUGUAUACAGAAUCAGCAAAUACUGGAGAUGAAAAGAAAUCAGAAGAAGAGGAUGAUGAUGAAAUGGGAGAAUUUUUAUAUAUUUCUUUUAUUUGUACAUCUGAUGCUAGUUUACAAUUAAUUAUUGAUUUAUCUGAUUCAAUUAUGGAAUCAAUGAAAACUCUUUAUCUCAGCCAAGAAAAUGAGCAACAAUAA